AUGUCUGAAUAUCCUACCAUGACAUCGUCCUCAGUGGCAUUGCCUCGCCACCAAUCCAACAAUAAUUCGGCCAACAAACGAACCAUCCAUCAAGUAGUGGUCGAAACCAGACCACCUCAAACUCCAUCACUGGACGAAAUUAGUGAUGGUGUUGAAGAUGAGCUUAAUACCACAAUUAAUACUCAUCCACAAACACAACCAAUGAAAAAGUAUAAAUUUGAUUUGGAAAUUAAUAGAAUUGAUGAUGAAGAUAAUCAAGAUGAUGAAAUUGGUUGUUCCGAAAAGAUUGAAGAUGAAGAUGAAGAAGAACAAGAAUUGAAACCAAGACAAAGUUUUACUCAAGAAAAUACGACACCAAAUGUUGAUGAUAUUGAGAUGGAGGUAGAUAAUGAAGAAGAUCCAUCGAUCAGUGAAAAGAAUGAUGGAGGAAAUAAUCAAGAUUUAAACAAUGAUGUUGCUGCAGGACAGGAACAGGAAACACAAGGUAAUGAUGAUGGAAAUGGUUUGGAAAUUCCUCAACCAAUCGAAACUGGCCAUACUAACCAUGGAAUGUUGAAUUAUUUUGAAGAUUUUGCAUUAGAGAUGGAUAGCUCUGGACGAGUUUAUUUUGAAGUGGAGAUUUGUCAUCAGACACCUUUGGUUGAGGAUGAAGUUUCAUUCGAGAUUGGAAUUUGUAAUAGUAAUGAAGAAUUGAUAGCUAUGAAUAAUUGUGGAAAAGUUCAAUUGAAUAUGGAAAGUGUCAUGGAUAUGGGAGUUGGAUUGUUGAAAGAGAAUGAUGUAGUUGGUGUGCUUUUCAGUUUUGGAAAGAUUUACUUUGUGCACAAUGGAAAGAGAAUUGCUCAUGGUUUUGAUUGGAAAGAUAUUCAGAAUAGUUCUGGAAAGAUUGUUUGUAGAAAUAACUCUCAAAAGUUCUGUAUUAAGAAUAAUAAUUUUCUCUAUUCUGGAUAUAGGAAAGUAUCAGGAAAGGAUGAUGCUCUUUCUGCUGCCAUUAAAACUCCAUUCACUGAGGUGAUUCAGAAAAUUACUCAACUCGAGAUGGAUUAUUUAGUGAAAGAGAAGGAGAAUAGAGAAAUGAAAUUAUUCCACAAUAAUUUGAGUGCUAGAAUGACGUUGAGUGAAGAGGAAGUUUCUCAACUUUCUGAUAUUAAUAUUUUCAAUUUGCAAAGCGUUAUUCUUCAAUCAAUGACCUUGUUAAAUGAUGAGCUGAAAAAUCGUAAAUAA